AUGAUUUCAAAUUUAUCAAAAAGAUUUAUAAUAAAUUCAAAUAGAAUCAUAAAAUUUUCAAAUAAUGUACCAAUAAAAAAUAAUAUAAUAAAUAUAAACAGUACCAAUAAUAUAUUUAAAACUACAAAUAGAUUUUAUUCAACAAAUAAUAAAAUUAAUAAUAAUAAUAAUAAUAAUGACGACAAUACACCAUCUAAAAACGAUCAAAAUGUAGAACCAUUUGAAGCUAUUUAUGCAGCAAUGUUAAAAAAGAUAGAUGAAACUGAAAAAUCACUAAAUGAUGAUAUCAAACCAGUUUUUAAAAUGAAAACAAAAACUCAAAUUAUUCUUUCAAGACAUGGCACAUUAACAUUUUUACUUUUAUGCUUUACUUUUUUAGGCACAAUGAUUUACUUUUAUUUCCAAAAAAGAAAACAUACAUUACUUUCAACACAAGUCGAAUACCACAGAAUUUCCACUUUGGCCGAAAUAGAGAAACUUAAAAUAGAUUUAUCAAAACUCUCAUCAAGCUUAUCAAAUCCAACAACUCAAUCUCAAUUAGUAGAUUUAUUAAUAGCCGAAAUCAUUGAAACAAACAACGAGGCCAUUUUGAAACUAUCACAAAAAGAAAUCGAUGACUUGAGAGUAAAAAUAAAGGUUUUAAUUUUAAAUUACUUAAAAGAGGAAAAAGAAAAAGAAAAAAAACAAUAA